AUGUCUGAAAACGAGCUAAAGAGGAAACUCGAUGAGUUGCAUGAGAGUAAUCAGGUCCUGGGCUUGGCUGUUCAACGAACCCGUCUGUCAGUCAAAAGGCUGAGACUUGAAUACGGCACACUUCUAGAAAGAUUGGAAAGCAGAAUAGACAAGGAUCCCGAACUCAGUUUUGAGGACCCGCUACCGUCAUUAGAUGAAUUUAAAAACCAGAUUCUCGAAGAUGCCCCGAAGACAAGGACGAAGAAAAAGAAGGGCAAGGAAAGGGAUCCAAAUUUACCUAAAAGACCUACCAAUGCGUACUUGUUGUUCUGCGAAAUGAACAAAGAAGAAAUGAAACAAAAAUCAGUCGCAAAUGAUGUGUCCAAAGCAUUGACUGACGCUUGGAAAAAUCUUGACGAGAGCGCUAGGAAACCUUACUAUGAAUUGUAUAAUGAGGAUCGAGAAAGGUACCAAAAAGAGAUGCAUGCAUAUGCUCAAAGUAAAACUGAUGACAACAAAACUUUGAAAAAAGAAGAUGAAGAAGACGAGGAGGAGGAUUUGGAUGACGAUGAAGACACCGACGAAACGCAGCCCGAUGUUGAUGCCACUGCAGAUAUAGCAACAAGCGAUGCCUAA